GUUGUGUUAGUGCAGAGCUGUGCUGCUGCAGAAGUGUCACACAGGGGAGUCACCACGAGAGGGAGGGACUUAGGCAGCAGGACAAUGCCUGUGUUUGUGCAACAGCCCCCAACAGUGGCGGCUGGCUCUCUAACAGCGCUCUCGCUUGACUACCAUUGCCGCAGGCAUUGUUGAAGUGAAAGGGAAGUGGACAGCUUGAUCCUGCCCCUGGGAUGCACCGACCAGAGUCCUGAGUGAACGCUGGAUUCCACAUGCAGUGAAAAGAAUACAGGCAGCGGGGGAGAAAGAGAUUGGAUUUUGGUGUGAGGAAACAACAGGGCAGAAAAGCUGGCCAGAGAGGACACGGAUCCAACAGUAGAAGGGGAAAAAAAAGGGGGCGUCCACUCCACCCCUGCCGUACCAGGGAGGAGGAGAAGACGGUGCACCGCUGCCACAUCAAAAAGAGGCGGCGAUCUGCUGUUUGUGGCGCGGGGUUGGGGAGGGGGGGGGUGGGGGGCGUGGGGGCAGGUGAGGAGGGCUGAGCUGGUGGGGUGACAGGAGGAAAAAAGCGAGAGGGGGCGAAGAGGCGAGAGGAGGAGAGGAGCAGUCAGUGGACCUGGGCCUGGAGGCCGAACACGAGCAGGAUGGCGGAGAAGAAAGUUAGCCUCCCUGCUAAGCUGAUUAAUGGGGGCGUGGCGGGCCUGGUCGGUGUGACAUGUGUGUUUCCUAUUGACCUGGCCAAGACCCGCCUACAGAACCAGCAGGGCGUCCAAGUCUACAAAGGAAUGCUGGACUGUCUGGCGAAGACGGUGCGCUCCGAAGGUUAUUUCGGAUGCUACAGAGGUGCGGCGGUGAACCUCACGCUCGUCACGCCAGAAAAAGCCAUCAAGUUGGCCGCCAAUGAUGUCUUCAGACAGAAGCUCACUAAGGACGGGCAUCUGCCCCUGUGGGGGGAGGUGCUGGCAGGGUGUGGGGCGGGCACCUGUCAGGUGGUGGUCACCACUCCUAUGGAGAUGCUUAAGAUCCAGCUGCAGGACGCAGGAAGGCUCGCGACACAAAAGGCCGUGCCGACUGCAGCCCAGGCCGCCGCCCCCGGUCCAGCGCCGUCGCUGGCGGCAACGCCGCCGCAGGCCCGGCCGCCGCCUCCGCGGACCUCAGCCACCGGCAUCACCGUGGAGCUGCUGAAGACCCGUGGCCUGGCCGGUCUCUACAGGGGGGCGGGGGCCACAUUGAUGAGGGAUGUCCCCUUCUCAAUGAUCUACUUCCCGCUAUUUGCCAACCUGAAUGCGCUGGGCCGCGAAACGGCAGCCCAGGGUGACGUGCAGGCCAAGGCACCAUUCUGGCAGUCGUUCGUGGCCGGCUGCUCCGCCGGCUCGGUGGCAGCCGUGGCUGUAACCCCACUGGAUGUGAUAAAGACUCGUCUGCAGACCUUGCAAAAAGGGGAGGGGGAGGACACGUACAGAGGAAUCGUUGACUGCACAAGGCGCAUCAUGAGGCGGGAGGGCCCGGCCGCUUUCCUGAAGGGCGCAGCGUGCCGUGCGUUGGUCAUCGCUCCCCUCUUCGGAAUCGCACAGGGCGUCUACUUCCUCGGGGUAGGGGAGUCGUUGCUGGGUCUGCUGGAAUAGCGGCGCUCGGCAUCGGUGGUGCUGGUUUAAUCUGCAGAUUAUCUGACGUCCGAGAUAUGAAGAUGCUCUAAUUACUAACUGGUGGACCAACUUUUUCACACUAAUCCAAGUUUCUCUAGGUUUUUUUUACAUGCUGUCAGCAGGGUCCCAUAGAUUACACGGGACCCAGUGUAUGUGUGUGACUUAUAUGAGGGCAUGGGUACCAAGUUGUCGGGUUCAUCCCAGCUUGCUCGCUGGCUGCAAUAUGUCUGGGGGCUCCUCCUUUCACCUGGGAGAGAUUAUUCUGUCUGGUUGUGCGUCCUCAAGGACAUAUUUUUCCUUUUUAAAAAUGUUUUUGAUCACGUUGGCUGUGUCAAUACACACAGCGUACAUUUUGCCAAGGGAUUCGAUCAUUUCUUUUCUUUUUUGGAAAUUUGGAAUUUCAACGCACAACAAUACAAACAUAAAUAUAAAAUACACCGAGUAGAAUCAAGACCUUUAGGACACAAAUGACUUGAUUGAAAUAAUCAAGUGUCUGUUGAGCUUUGAAGGCGAGAGAGUGUGUGUGUGUGUGUGUGUGUGUGUGUGUGUGUGUGUGUCAAAGUCUAUAAGAGCAAAGGGCAAGUGGUUCUCAAGGCACUAUAUUUUUUGUGAUUAUUUAUCCUAAAAAUAUUUCAACAAAUAUUUGGAAGUCAUGACAAUAGGAACGACCAAAGUGGAACAUAAUAUUAAAAUAUUUUUUAAUGGGAAUUUAUUUGACGGUGACAGAAAAAAAAUAACUGUGCAUCAAAAUCAAUGUUGUUGCUAAUACAUUGAGAUUGUGAUUAUCCACAAAAUCCCCUUAGAAUUUAAUAUAUGGAUACAUGAACAUGAAUGAAUUUUGGUAAGUUAUGAUCAAGACUGAUGUCGGUUAAGAAAAACAAUUAAGUUGAAAAUAAUAACAUAUUAUUUUGAAGGAAUAUUUUUUUUUGGGGAAUUUUUUUAUCUUCUACGGUCUUGACUGUGUUUUAUUAAAGGGACACGAAAGAGCUGCUGCAUGUUGUUUGAGGCCGCUAGAUAAAAAAAAUGCCUACCAAUCUGACCAGAAGUGUGCGUCGUCCAAUUGAAGGUGACAAAUUCCCCUUUUCGAUCUUUAUCAGAAGCUACUGUUGCCUAAUGCUUGACCUCAGAAUCUGACCUGGGCAUAUUUGGCAGGACCUCAACAUGUGUUCGAUGUGUUUUCUCUGGAAAAAAGGAGCUUUGAUCGCUUCUGGCCAACCCUGUUAUGCGUUUCUCCCACUCCACCCACGAGGUCGGAGUUGUAAUCUCGCCUGCCAGUGUCUCUAAGGUCACUUUGUUAAUCUGACGGUAAUGCUUUAAUCAGCGUAUUAGUGUACAAUAUACUCUAACACACAGAUCACUUCCUGCCUAAAGGUCACAGGUUAGACCGCCGGGCCGCUGUCUCGUAGGCCUUGACUCGCUUCUUCUUCACAGCCUGGCAGGGUUUACAUAAAAACCUGUAAGAAGCCUCGGCCUGUUUUUACUGCUUAGUUACACAUUAUAAUAAACAAAUAUAUGUUGCUUCAAAUGAUGUGUGCAAAUAAACUUAAAAAGAAAGGAAUGCAAUUAAAGCCUUAUUAUCAUUCCUGUUAGUUUCUGAAGCAUCAAAACUGUUGAGUCUUACAUGGAUUCAGUUGGAUUGGUGGUUGUUGAAAUAUGAACAUAGCCUAAGUAAACUUGUUUGUUUAUAAGCUGUAAAUAAAGAUGUCUCAUACAUGCUUA